UGCAAGGUGGAUUAUUAUUUGUUGCAGAACUGAACUAUCAACGACGGAACGACGUGCUCACUGCUCAUAAACUGACGGAACUGACGCGGAAUUAAGUGCGCAAGCAAUAUUAGAUCAACUUGUGCGCUUUUGUUGGACAUCAUCAAAUACGGCGCCGGUGGUACAAACUCCGACAGUUAACUAGAGAUAAUAGAGAGCCAGGUGCUGCAUUCGUAGGGCUCAACUUACGCGCCUCUCUCUAUUCGCACGUAGAGAGGGAGAGACACUCACGACGAUCCAACCAGUAUCCUGCUGUACGGCCACCUGAGCGGAUCGAUUGAUUUCAGUUCUUAAAACACACAUUAUACAACAUGUCCUCUAUCCAUGGCAUUAUCAAUUUGUACAUGCAGUGGUCUCAGUUUCAGCCACGACCCUCUACUUCACAUGAAGGUAUUGAGCAACCUGUGGUCAAUCAAAAGCCAGACUGGACCUACUCAGUAAACGGCAGUGUUCCUGCGGAUGCUUACUGCAUAGACGACGACGACGACGACAUUAAUGCCCACCCAGCCCACGUGGGGGCCCACUUCACUCCCAAUUUCGGCUUCAUCCCUGGCAUGCUGCUGCCCGAGGUGGGCGUGGUCGGGGUCUUGCCCGACGACGCUAAAAACACCUUCACCGAGAGGCAGCACUACUUUGCGUUGGUCGGAAUGGACUUUUUCUGGCGGCCAUACGAUUCUAAAAAAUGGAAAUACAUUCCGCCUGAUGCGUUUACCAUCAUGAACGAAAAGAAAGGAUUAUAUCUAAUUGGCCGUCGCGAGGUCGACGGCGUCUUCCUAGUCGGCAUGAUCAUCGGUGAAGUUCUUUACGUUCGGAAGAAGGAUGAGGUACUUAUAAUCGAUGACAGAUAUGAGAUUUUGUGCAAGAAAUAGUGGUUUUUGUGUGUUUUAAACUCUGAGAACUUCUUAACUAAUCUACGCAAGUGAAUUUAAAAUACAUGAACAGCUCGCAAUAUUUGCGAGUAUUAUGUGUGAA